AUGACAGAGUGUAAUGGAGAACCUUUAGAAGGACAGGAAGAUUGGGAAGAUCAUAGAAGGGUCUGCGGUGAAGACAUUCACGAUUUAUCAGAGUCAAUCAAAGCUGAACUGAAGAACCAUAACAACACAACACUUGGAGAGCUAAACAGGGAAAAAAAUAUUUUAGUGGUUAGCUAUGAAAACUUCAAAUGCUGCUUGAGGAAAACCUGGGUUGAAGAGCUCAUGCUUGGUCCAACGCCUACAAGAUGCAUGGAACAGCUUGUGGAAUGUAUUUUGGAAUCUCAAAAGGAACGUUGUACUUUGAGUGUUUCAGAUCAUUUAGUAUUCACUUUUUCUCAUUAUGGCGUAGGAGUUUUGAUGAUGUUUACCAUCGUUGUUGUUGUUACCAGUUGUUAUGUAUGUUGUCGCUUGGAUGAGUAUUAUAAUGAAAGGGACCACUAACCCAGGAAAAAAUUGGAACAAGAUAUAAUAAAGGGUUGAAUAUA